UUCGAGGUGAGCCUUCUGGUCGUGAUGAUUUCGUAUUACCUCUUCGGCCAGAGGAGUUCGUGGAAGGCGCGUCUCUCGUCGACGAUGCUCAGACACAGCAGUGAAGUGCCCGGUCCUCUGGCUCUGCCCGUCUUCGGUUCUUGUUGGGUUUACACGGCUGUCGGCGGUUACAGCUUCACCAGGGUGCACGAGUUCUACAGGGACAUGUUCCUGCAGCACGGACCCAUCGUCAAAGAGGAGGCCCUGUGGAAUGUGCCGGUGAUUAGCGUGGUGGAACGAUCGGAUAUCGAGAAGGUGUUUCGGAGCUCCGGAAGGUAUCCCAUUCGUCCGCCCACAGAAGCGAUCGCCCAUUACCGCAGAAGCAGACCGGAUAGAUACGCCAGUACCGGAAUGGUCAAUGAACAAGGUGCAAGCUGGUAUCAUCUGCGCUCGAACCUCACCAGCCAUUUAACGAGCACCAAGACCAUCGCAUCGUUCUUGCCGCAAGUCGAGGAAAUCUGCGGCGAUUGGUGCAGCCUUCUCGAUCAACUCAAGGACCCCAAAGACCUCAUCAGUAACGUUGAAGUGCUGGCCAGUCGGUUAGGUCUUGAAGCUAUCUGUUCGCUGGUUCUUGGAAGGAGGAUGGGUUUCCUCUACGAAGAAGCCGAUUCUAAACUCACGUAUCGCCUGGCGCACGCCGUCAGCAAUCAUUUCGGCGCCUGCAGAGACACAUACUACGGUCUCCCGCUGUGGAAGCUGUUCCCAACACCGGCCUACAAGAAACUGGUGGAAAGCGAGGAGGAGAUUUACAAUUUGGUGUUGGAGAUUAUCGAAUCCGCGGAUGAGGCUUCGAUGGAAAGUGCUGUGUUUCAAUCGGUGCUCAAGGCGGACGUUGACUCGCGCGAAAAGACCGCUGCCAUCGUUGAUUUCAUCGCGGCCGGCAUUUACACGAUGCGCAACAGUAUGGUGUUUCUUUUGAAUACGGUGGCCAACGAUCCGAAGAUCCAAGAAGCCAUCCUUCAGGACCCGACCGGAGCCUAUGCCAAGGCCUGCGUGAACGAGACCUUCCGAUUACUGCCGACCGCAAAUUGCUUGGCGCGCGUCAUCGAGAACGACCUGGAGCUCUCCAACUAUAGGAUUCCCAAGCAUUCGGUGGUUCUGUGUCACACGGGAUUAGCAUGCAGGGACGACAGGAAUUUCCCGCAAGCGGAGAAGUUCAUACCGGAGAGGUGGUUGGACGAUGCGAAGCAGGAAACAACUUCGGUGGGCACCUACCUCGUGGUUCCCUUCGGUAUCGGGCGUCGAACGUGUCCCGGUAAACGGUUCAUCGAGCAGAUCCUGCCGAUCGCUCUUCAGCACACCGUGCGGAACUUCAAGAUGGCCAACGUGAAUCCCCUGGAAGUACAAUUUGAGUUCCUGCUGGCGCCAAAGGGACCCAUCAACAUGGUCUUCGAAAAACGGUUUUGAAGAUACAAACAAAAAUAUUAUUCAAUAUAAAAGGCUGUGUUUUGCA